CCGGCGGUGAAAGAAGCAGCGUCAGUUAUGUGCUAAGUGUAGCGACAAACCAACACCGACAGCCUUGCCACGUUGGUUCCAAACACAGCAGGGAUAGAAUCGAUGGCUGCUGAAACGGCCGCUGAACGACAGCUUUGCCCGCAGUAGUCACAGCACAUCAACUCAUACGUCAUUUGUGUGGCCACCUGGCGAGAAGUUCGGUGUUGCCACGGCGUUAACAGGGAGCCUGCUACUGGUUCGGGUGCUAGCUGGCGUACGUGCCGCCUGCGAUCUGUCGCGUCCACUCAUUGGAGAGAGCCACUAGCUGUCGUAACUCAUAGCGGCAAAACAGAACUAAGUUAUCGAUCUCGUUGAGGGUGGUUAGCGGUUUGUUCGGGCCAAGCAGGCUGUCUUUAAACCUGUUUCCCUGUUCGUUUGUAUGGUGGUAGCUCGACAAAAAUUAAAAACAACUACAAUCACAGGUACACGAUAAAGCCUGAACGUGCGGCUGGGUACGUUCGAUUUAGAGGACGCACAACAGCUAGCGGUGUGCCCCCUAGUGUAAAGGUGCUAUUAGAGACUGGGCUAGAGGCUUGUCACCAACGGAGAGUAAGCCACUGUAGAAUUCAGUACUUUGGAUUUGUCUUGCAAUUAAGGGUAAAUAGGGUAGAAAAUAAGGUGUUCACAACUGUUCGCUUCUUGCAUAGGAUAAGUGAACGCUGGUGUGAAUUUUUCGCAGUCUGAUCAGCCUAUUGUAACGAACGUCAGUGAAGGCAAACCAAGAAGGAUGUCGUCGAUUGAGGAUACCUUGAAUCCGUUCGCGCAUUGCCUAUCCAACAUUGAAAUAAACGGAAAGCAGUAUCAGUACUACAGUCUUCCGAAGCUCGGUGAUGCCCGGUAUACAAACUUACCAUUUUCCGUACGUGUCCUACUUGAAAGUGCGGUUCGAAACUGCGACAACUUCCACGUGAAGGAGAGCGACGUCGAGGCCCUUCUUGACUGGAAAUCCAGACAAGAAGAUGGAGUCGAAAUCGCUUUCAAACCAGCAAGAGUUUUACUUCAGGAUUUCACCGGUGUACCUGCCGUAGUCGAUUUCGCGGCGAUGCGUGACGCAGUCAAGCGUUUGGGCGGUGAUCCUCAGAUGAUUAAUCCAAUGUGCCCGACCGAUCUCGUUAUCGACCACUCAGUGCAAGUCGAUUUCUCUAACGCACCAGAGUCUCUACAGAAAAACAUGGACAUGGAAUUCGAGCGGAACGCCGAACGCUUCAGCUUUCUUAAGUGGGGUUCGAAGGCUCUCCACAACCUGCAAAUCAUUCCACCAGGUUCUGGUAUCGUGCACCAGGUUAACCUUGAGUACCUCGCCCGUGUUGUGUUUGCUAGUGAGGCUGGAGUUCUCUAUCCGGAUUCGUUGGUUGGUGCUGAUUCGCAUACGACGAUGGUAAACGGCUUAGGCGUUGUUGGUUGGGGGGUUGGUGGAAUCGAAGCCGAAGCCGUUAUGCUUGGUCAGGCCGUCUCUAUGGUACUGCCUAAAGUAGUUGGAUACAAGCUCAUUGGUCAGCUCUCACCUCUGGCUACAUCGACUGACCUCGUACUUACGAUUACGAAACAUCUGCGACAAAUUGGCGUGGUGGGAAAAUUUGUUGAGUUCUUUGGACCCGGAGUCUCGCAACUGUCAUUGGCUGAUCGCGCCACUGUUGCUAAUAUGUGUCCGGAAUACGGUGCAACGGUAGGUUUCUUUCCGGUCGACGAAAAAACGAUCGAAUAUCUUAAGCAAACAGGCCGAGAUGGAGAAAGCGUUAGCCGAAUUCAGGAGUACCUCCGCGCUCAAGACAUGUUUCGUGAUUAUGUCAAGGGUCGGGACCCCAUGUUUUCCCAGGUUGUCGAAUUGGACCUCAGCACAGUAGUACCUUCGCUCAGUGGGCCGAAACGGCCCCAGGAUCGUGUGGCAGUAUCGGUUAUGAAGCAGGACUUUGAGGAGUGCCUUUCAAACAAAGUCAGCUUUAAGGGAUAUGGAAUCGCUUCAGACAAGAUGAGGAUUACUGUGUCUUUCGUUUAUGAGGGGAAGGAGUACACGCUGAACCAUGGAUCUGUCGUACUCGCAGCCAUUACUUCUUGUACGAACACAUCCAACCCGUCGGUCAUGCUCGGGGCGGGUCUUCUAGCAAAAAAGGCCGUAGAGAAGGGUCUAACUGUCAAGCCUUACAUUAAAACGUCACUUUCGCCUGGAUCUGGUGUUGUCACCUACUACCUGCGCGAAUCCGGAGUAACUCCUUAUCUAGAAAAGCUCGGCUUCAAUAUUGUUGGUUACGGCUGCAUGACCUGUAUCGGUAACUCUGGCCCGCUGCCCGAGACAGUCACCGAAGCGAUUGAGAAAGGCGAUUUGGUAGCUUGUGGCAUACUUUCAGGUAAUCGAAACUUUGAAGGGCGUGUACACCCGUUUACCCGGGCUAACUACCUGGCUUCACCGCUAUUAGUUGUAGCGUAUGCCCUGGCUGGUACCGUUAGUAUUGAUUUUGAAACGGAUCCGAUUGGUAAGAGCCUUGAUGGCCAGAAUGUUUACCUCCGGGACAUUUGGCCCUCUCGAAGUGAAAUCCAUGACGUUGAACAGAAGUAUGUCAUUCCCACCAUGUUCAAUGAGGUAUACGCCAAAAUUCAGAACGGCUCUGCACAGUGGCAAGCAUUGACAGCUUCUGAAGAUCUACUCUAUCCAUGGGAUGAACGAUCGACUUAUAUUAAGCGGCCUCCAUUUUUCGACGCAAUGGCUAGCGAUUUGGCGCCAAUUCGCAGCAUUGAGAAUGCAUAUGUGCUCGCCAACCUCGGCGACUCCGUUACCACGGACCAUAUAUCGCCGGCUGGAUCCAUCUCGCGCAAUAGUCCAGCUGCCAGGUACCUUGCAAGCAGAGGCCUCGCACCGCGUGAGUUCAACUCGUAUGGUUCACGCCGCGGUAAUGAUGACGUCAUGUCGCGUGGCACGUUCGCUAAUAUCCGCCUUGUCAAUAAAUUUGUUGCAAAACCAGGUCCUCGCACUGUGCACAUCCCGUCGGGCGAAGAGCUUGAUAUCUUCGAUGCCGCUUCACGUUACGCACAAAGCGGGGAUCAGCUGAUCAUUCUGGCAGGCAAAGAAUACGGAUCUGGAUCUUCACGAGAUUGGGCCGCAAAGGGUCCAUACCUAUUAGGAGUUCGGGCGGUGAUUGCGGAAAGUUACGAACGAAUUCAUAGGUCAAACCUAAUCGGAAUGGGCAUCGUGCCGUUGCAGUUCCUUCAAGGACAGAACGCAGAAAGCCUGGCUCUUACUGGAAAAGAGCAGUUCUCGAUUGAUCUGACCCCGGAGGCGUUACACGCCCCAAGACAGAUUGUUCAGGUGAAGCACCACCUAACGAUGAUCACGACAACAGCAGCAGCAGCAGCAGCAGUUAAUAUACAUAACUGCUUAAAGCGUAAACAAACCUUGCUGGGGCAACGGAAAUAUACUGAAAAAAAUUCCUUACAGAUACAGCGAUCUAACCCGUAUACGAUUGAGUUACUAAGCCUGAAUAGUAGCGUUCCACGUUUGCCAUUAGCUACAGGUUAGUUAAACUGCUUGUUUAUUGGCAGUGUUUCGAACUAAUCUCGAGAUUUGGACCUCGGUGAUUAGCUUCAUGAUCGGUAAACAAAUUUCAACUCAGCAGCAAGAAAACAGAGGCCACAUUAGAUAGAAACCAGGAUUUUAUGCACUAGAUAUGAACUAAGUGUAUGGUGAAAAGCCAACUUGCAUUGCAAGGCUUAAUUGCGGUUUCUCUUUAUACAUGAAUCGCAAGUUGUCCUAUGAAGGUGUUCUUGGUAAAACUGACGUUGUGAUAAUUUCAGCAACAUGUGGGCAUCGCCCGUCAAUGAGACGAAGCGAUGUUUGUGUACGUCUCCUGGAACGGGACCACAUGCACAUGUUAAAAUAUCUGCGUUAUAUUAAUAUGAAGCAGGCCAGUAUUUUAUAAUGGAGUGUUGGAAGAAAGCGAAACCAUCACACAGAGUGCUAUAGACCGUUUAAUUGCAUGAUAAGCUAAUGGGUACACUUUGCUGGACGGUCAGCUGUACAACAACAAUAUAACCAAAAUAUGGGUGAAUGGUAACACAUUGCAUUAUUGGAUAGUACUAGCACUAUUGCAGACAGAACAGAGUCAUGGUCAACAAGAAAAACGUAAAGAAAAUCAAAAACAGCGAGGGCUGCAACGUGCCUUCGCGUUACAGUAUGUUUUAUGCAUGACAUACUGUCUCUUCACAAAUGUUGAAACGUAAUAAACGGACAAUUUUGUAUAACAUUGA